ACAGUCGACAUUUUACGGUUGGGUCCGAAAUACUACGGAUUCUUUCCUUCGAAUAGUUUUAUUUUUUGUUCUCACAAUUAUUGUCAUUGCUUCUACAACUUUUUAGUUUCCGUAUACUUCGGAUUGGCUCUGGCCACCUGAAAUCAGAAAAAAUGAAAUCGUUAACGCCAAGUCUCAUUGUACUUUUGGGGUGCAUGGCCUUUUCCGAUGCCUCUGUAGUUCAUUGGGGUGACUGUCCAAAAGUGAAGCAAAUAGGUGACUUUCAGAUGAGUCAGUUUCUCGGAAAGUGGUAUUCUGUCCAGAUGAUGUGGCCAAAGAUUCCUGUGAGGAAAAAUUGUGUCACUUACAAUUACAGUGUAACUCACACACCAUCCAAAUACAACAUCAUAGAAAGCGGCCACAUACCGGUUAUAGGGUAUCGUUUCGUGGGUACUUUGAACACUGAUUCCAGAGGUUCUAGAAAUUCUAGCCACAUGACGGAGCGCUUCCCUAUUUACGGUCACGCAUCUCACAAGGUCAUUGAUACGGAUUACGUUAACUACGCGGGCAUUUUCACCUGCCGAGAAUACAAACCAUUUAUGUUCUUCACCGUCCAUCGCUGGUCGGCGACUGUACUGUCGCGCAAGCCCACCCUCGGCGAGAAAUACGUCAACAAAGUCCAUAAAAAAUUCUCCAGCUUUGGUAUUGAUAUUUCCGAAAUAAGUAACAUCUCUCACGACGACUGUAAGAAAAAUGUGUAUUACUUCCCCAUCGACUAUGAAACCGUCAACAAUUUCAUGGAGUGGAUCAAUCACAUUUUCGGUCUGAAGACCUCUGGCAAAGGUAGAAAUCAAUUUCGCAGAGGAAGAGCUACUGACUUCCAUGACAAAAAUGAAAAUAUAUCCAACAAUGAAGUGGAGAGCGAAUCUGACAAUAAAAAUAAAAUUUCAUCUCAUAACGAGGAAGAUGACAAUAAAGUAGAUAAAGAAUCUGAAGAUGAACGUAAAAUUUCAUCCCACAAUGAAAAAGAUGCAAACGUUUUGGGGCCUUUUAAGAAAAGUCUUUUCAGAGAAAUUGCCCAAUACAAGGAUUGA